AUGCCCAUUCCGUGUAAUUUCAAGGAUCAAAUAACAGGUGAAGUUCAUAUUCCCUCAACUUCCCGCGCAAAUGUUACGUACAAACAAUGUGAAUGUCAGACGGGUGUGCUUAAGAUGCAAGAUAUGGAAACACAAACAGCGAUUAGCGCUCUUCAGGCAGUCAACCGAAGCGACAAACAAGUUGGCCACGAGAAACCUCAGAUCCAGGCAAAUAUCGAUGGGCUGCAAUAUGUUUAUGCUGGAGUAAAUUACAGCGAGGAGGCUCUGGCUGAUUUCCUGGAGGCGGCGAGGGAAGACGUCCUUGCUAUAUUAUACCGCAAUGUAAAAAACAGUGCGUUUGACAACUACGAGCCGAAUUGGACGAAAAAGAGCACUGAACUCUCUGCUGUUGCAACUUUCCGGGCGUCGUAUGCCGAGGAAAGAGAUCUUCACGCCUUAUCCGUGAGUUUUAACUCCAGCGGAACACUCUUAGCCGUUGCAUACGGCCAAGUGGAUACCGCAGGGUGGUGUAAUGAUACAGGCAUGGUUGGUAUAUGGAACUUGUCACGAAAUGAUGUAAACGUUAAUGAACCGCAUCACAUGAUGGAAACUGAUUCCUUCGUCACAUGUGUUGCAUUUCAUCCAUCACAGGCAACAGUGUUGGCAGUGGGACUGUACAGUGGUGAGGUGGUACUUUAUAAAAAUGUGACGGAUGCGACACCGAUAGAGAUGACAGCAGACGGAUCUUCAACAUCGCACAGAGAGCCCGUGACAUUCCUGCAGUGGACUGAAAACUUACAGGAGACGCGUGAUUCCCAUCGGUACACGCUUUGUUCCGCGGGCCAGGAUGGUCGUAUCCUCUUUUGGACUAUGGGCAAUAAAAUGGCGCAACCAACAGCCGCAUUUAUCAUUAAAACCAGGAAAGGAGCAACGGUUGGUGUGCAGUCCGCUUGUUUCUCCCGUCCCGGGGGCUCCGCCGGUCGCAUCACACCAUCGAGCGACAGUGUUCUCGUCAUUGGUCUUGAAAAUGGUGAUGUUGGCCGAGCCCGUCCUGGCGUCCUUGCUGCCCUUCCAACUCGAGCUGGAGAGUCGGAGGUUUCUCUUGAACUUGAUUGGUUGUCCUCUCACAGGGGUCCUGUGCAGUGCGUUGAUACCUCGCCUUUCUUUCACAAUCUCUGCCUCACUUGUUCUUCUGAUGGCAGUGCUCGGCUGUACAACAUGCUAGAAACGGCAGCAGUUGCCACAUUAGAGCCGUCUGCGGAGUCGAAACAUUUCCUUUAUGCUGCGCGGUUUAGUCCUUUUAGACCCAGUGUUAUUGCUGUGGUUUCGCGCAGCUCAUUCCUGCAUAUAUAUGACUUGCAGAAAUCGCAACUUAAGCCUGUAGUAACGUUGGAAGCUGGGACAGAUGGCGCUGCACUGAUGUGUGUUACUUUUAAUCAUGCUUCACCGGAUUGGAUUUGUACGGGGGACGUCAGUGGCUCCGUCCGCCUCUGGAAGCUGCCGUCGUCCCUCAUGCAAACCACCGACUUGGAGCGGGCUGCUGUGCGGGAUAGCCGUGGCCGUGGGGGGAAUGCGGAAGACAGUGAAAAGAACGCCGUCAUAUCUCUGUUUGGUUUCUCUCUCUGA